UGGAAAAUCCUGUUGCCAAAAUCUGGUCAGAUCUUGCUUUGGGGGAUUUUGGUGUUUUUUUUUUGGGGUGGGUCUUAUAUGAACAGAAAAACCCAAUAUCCCCCCUUUCUUCUAUUCCCCCUCUCCUCAGUCCUCCCCCCUAUUUUUCUCUCUUCUUUUGAAAACUCAAAUCCCCUCCAUUUCCAACAACAUCAACAACAACAAAAACAAAUUUUGAUUGAGAAAAAAAGGGUAGAGAUUUAUUUUUAAAUUUUUUGAUUAGUUUGUGCAAAAAUGGGAAUGGCAGCAGAACCACAAUUUCAUGUAUUAGCUGUUGACGAUAGCAUAAUUGAUAGAAAGCUUAUUGAAAGGCUUCUCAAGACUUCAUCUUAUCAAGUUACAACAGUAGAUUCUGGCAGUAAAGCUCUGGAAUUUCUGGGUUGGCAAGAAGUAGAAGAAGAACCACCUUCAGUUUCACCUGAUAAUCUGCAGGAAGUAGAAGUGAAUCUAAUUAUUACAGACUAUUGUAUGCCUGGGAUGACUGGUUAUGAUUUGCUGAAAAAAGUCAAGGAAUCAUCUUCACUGAGAAACAUACCUGUAGUUAUAAUGUCAUCUGAGAAUGUCCCUUCUAGAAUUACCAGAUGUUUGGAGGAAGGGGCAGAAGAAUUCUUCCUUAAACCAGUGCGAUUAUCAGAUGUAAAUAGGCUUAAACCCCAUAUGUUGAAAGCCAAAUACGGGCUACAACAGCAGGACAUGAUCGAAGUUGAAGAUAUUCUAAUACCCGAGGUAAAACCUGUCUGUCAACAACAGCAACAAGAACAACAAUCACAAUUGCAACAAGAACAAGAACCGGAACUAAAUCCUGAGGAGCCCCUACAUAAUAAACAACACGAACAACAACAACAGCAACAACAACUACAUCAACAACAGAACAAUAAUAGCAAGCGAAAGUCCAUGGAAGAUGGACUAUCACAAGAUAGAACAAGACCUAGAUACAAUGGUCUCACCACUGUUGCCUCUAAUUAGUGAAACUUUCCCCCUUUUUUUUUACUUGGGUAGUUUAAUCAAAUUAGGUCUCGGUUAAUUUUUUAUUAAUAAUCGCCUUUUUCUUUUCUUUUUCCUUAUAUAACCUUAGAGGGUUUAUAGAGAGAUGUUAAGGAGAUAUGUACAUUAUGAAGUGUUGAGGGGGCGCGGGGGGCAGAAAGAGUAAAAGAGAGGUGUUUAUUAAUCUGAUGGAUCGAAAACCUGUAUACAUCAUCUGACACUGAACAUAAAUGUAAUUUCCGAUUUUGUUUUACA